GUCUCUGUUACAGCGCAGCAUGACUGGUCACAAUCGGCCCGCGCCCCACUGAGGGGCAAAGGUCGUACGGCUUCGUGGCCGGAACUCUGGUCACAGGGACACGGGUGUCAGGAAUCGCGUGGAGCCCGGCACACAUGUGCGCCACCCCCCCCCCCUCUCCCCUCCCGCGGCCUCCACACCAGUGCCAUGUGAUCCGCGUGUGGUCUGUCGUGUCUGCCUCCCUCCGACAGUCUGUCCUAUAACCGGGGGCGCCGACGGAUCGCUCACCCGUGGCGCCUCAGUUCUCGCCGGCGGUUCGUGACGGGAGGGCGCCCGGUGGUGAGCUCCGCCGUACACGGUUCGGGCCGCCAUGCCGUCACCACUGACACCGGCGCUGGCGCUGCUGGUGCUGGCGCUGACCAGCGCCACCUCUGCGCUCUCGCCGUCGGAGCUGGAGCUGGACGUCCGCCCGUCGGCGGCAGCACCGGUCACACCCCGUCCGUUCGUAGCCGCUGUGUCCGAGUUUGUCUGGGCAGACGGGUACCCGGAGCGGGACCUGGCCGCCGAGCCCGACGCCCCCUGGCGGCGGAACCUGGAGACGGUGCGCCGCCACGCCGCCACCGCCGCACAGCAGGGCGCUGACCUGCUGGUGCUCGCCGAGUACGCUAUUCUGAAGGUGUGGCCGCGCGCUCAGCUCGCCGUGUACGCCGCCCAGCUACCGCCCGUAGAGGACAUGGUCGUCAUCUGUGACGACCCGACGCAGCACGAGGCGAUACGGAAUCUGAGCUGCCUGGCGCGGGAGCACCAGAUGUACAUCGUGGCCAACUUCGUCACCAAGGAGCUGUGCUCUGCUGACUCGGAUUCGGCCUGUCCCGAGGACGGCGUCUCACUGUACAACACAAACCUCGUGUUUGACCGGACCGGCGCCCUCAUACAAAUCUACCACAAGUACAACCUGUUCGGUAUCGAGCUGGAGCACCUGCAGAAGCCGGCGCCGCACCUCUCGGCAUUCCGCACCGACUUCGGCGCCGUCAUCGGCCUGAUGACGUGCUUCGACAUCCUGUUCGAGCUGCCCGGCGUGGAGAUGACGCGCCGGGGCGUCACCCACUUCGCCUUCCCGACAGACUGGGGCGACGAGCUGCCCUCGCUCUCCGCUCUGCAGAUGCACAGCGCCUGGCCGCGCGGUCUGGGCGUCACCCUGCUAUCCUCUGGCAUCCACUACCUGGCCGAGGGCAGCAUCGGCUCCGGCAUCUUCACCGGCAGCGGCGCGCUCGGCUACCUGUACGACUACAGCGCGGAGGGCGCCGAGGGCGGCGUGGUGACCGCCACCGUGCCGGCCGGCUGCUCCUGGGGGGCCGACAGCUGUCCCUCCGACCAGGCCCCGGCCGGCCGCCAGGUGCGGUCUGCUCCCGCGGCCGGUAACACGGACGACUACUACCCGAUACAGAACUACAACGUGUCGGAGUUCGUGAGCGCUCCGCUGAGCGGCCGGUCCCAGCGUCUGUGUGACGGGGAGUUCUGCUGUGACCUGACCGUCAGCCAGCAGCGGCCUGUAACCGGCGCAGAGUCGGGCGCCACCUAUCGCCUCCUGGUGCUCGACGGACGGCGGAACUUCGCGCCGCACUGGAGCACGCAGAUCUGCGCGGUGGUACUGUGCGCGGGGGCCGAUCAGGCCUCGUGCAGUACGUUCCCAGCGGGUGUGGCGCCGCCGCCGCCGGCUCCGUUCUCGCUGCGGGGCUCGUUCAGCGCCGACUGGGCCGUGUUCCCGUCUGUGAUCCGUACCCAUAUGGAGCUGGCGGCCGAGUGGUUCUACAGCCGUCCGACGGGGCAGCUGGAGGUGGCAGACACCGGCAGACUGCUGGUGGCACAGCUCUACGGCAGAAACUACGCCCUCGACCAGCCGUGAUCUCCAGUACGGGUGGAGGGGCACCGUGAGGUGCAUUGUAUUGUACAUGAUACAGUUUUGUUAUUUCAA